AUGGGUUCAAUGGCUUUUGAUCUAUAUAACUUCAAGUGGGAGGCCUCCCCUGGUCUUGAGCAUCAUUGUGGGAUUUGCAGCAAGGGGCUGUCAAAUCCUCGAUCUGUCAACUCUUGCAUCGGCGUCCACUGUGAGCCAUGCAGACGGUAUCACCAACAGCUACAUUUCAUUCAAAAGGCACACGAAUGCAAAAGCUGUAUAAGAGCGGAUGAGAUGCAUCACCGCCGGCAUAGAUCUAUCGCCAAGCUUGUCAAAGAUAUUGAAGCCCACGAUAGGGAGGUAGCCACCCGGGCAAUCAGAACAAAGACCAAGAGCGCCAGGGCCACUCCAGGAAUAGGCCACGACGAGUAUAUCUGGCAAGGUGGUAUGUCUAAAACUGCCAACGACAACGUCGAAAAUUUGGACCCUACCAAAUCUGUCAACGAUGAAGAACCAGAUUACGACGAUGCGUAUGAUGAUGAUGUCUUUGGUGAAAGAGAGACUGAACCGUUCAUCACCAUGCCUAACUCAACCACUCAUAUACCUACCCCAUCGACCCCGAAGCCAUGCUCUUCUAUAUCCUCGUUCGGCUACGAGUCAUCUCCAGUGAUUUCAGCGAAGAAAAAAGACCUCAAAAAAGCUCGCCGGACAGCACGAUUGACCAACAAUAACUCCCAGAGCAUUGUCAGCAAUGAUUUUCUGGAGUUCAUUGCCGAAGCUCUACAUGGAAGCAAGAUCAUGGAUAUUAGCCGCGCAAUGUUCGAAGAAGAAGGCGAGGAGAUUGGAGCAAACCAGUUCAAGAAUGAGGACCUAAUGCGGGAGAACCUCGGAUUCCAGACAUUCACACGGAACUCCUCGGAUGUCCGACACAUAAAAGACAGAUGGAGGAAGCUGGGCCCUGGUGGGAAAGCGCAAGAGCUCGCAGGACCACCCCCAACUGCACCUGGAUUCCCGAAACCGAAGUUCAUCAACAUUAACGAGACGACUCGAUUUGACGUCAACUUCUUUGCCCGUCUUGGGGUUAAAUAUGAGAGCAAGGGCGACACUAGCAGAGCACGGAGCGAGAUUGUUCUUAAGCUCGCAAUUAAAAUUCUGGAAGACAUGACCAUCAUCGGCCGUGAAGAGUACGAGACGCAGAUUCGAGAGGCCGGUUUCUGGCGGUUCAUAAGCCGUGCAGCAGCUGAAAAUCUCCAGCAAGGCCAUCAGGAUUUUAGCUGGGCAACUGGUGAAUUCAGGAAGAGAAGGAGACCGGGUAUGUUGUCUGACGGCAAUGCAGAGACUGGGCUCGGGAUUAAUGCUACGGGUGAGCCUGGGCUCGGGGCUGGAGAUGAACUAGGGGAAGUAAUCCAAGACAAUGAAAACGAUUCUUCAGAUGAUAGUGUUCCGGGGACACCGUCUUUAGUGGGAUCGGCCUUUGAAACCCAAGCCGAAGAGGAGAAGGAAACUCCACAGAUGAAAACACCACUGGUCCUGAAAUUCUCAAACUUUGACAGUGGCAAGAAAGAGCUCCUAUGGAGCGCCACACCAUCGAAAGUUUUUUCCUCUCCCAAGAUUCUGCCUUUGGUCGAGCCUAAAGCUUUGUCCACCCCUAAAGUCUCGUCGCAGCCCAAACUUUUGUCGCCACCUGAAGUCUUGUUCUCGCCCAAACUUUCUUUCUCCCCCAAAGUUUCAUCCACGGCCCAAGCUUCUUUCUCCCCCAAAGCUUCGUCUAUGUCGAAAGCUUUGCUCUCGCCCAAAGUUUCACCUUCGCCCAAAACUCUGGCCCCACCUUCAGCGUGGUCAUCACUCAAACAAAAAAAGAUGAGACCAACCACGCCGAUAGCGAAUCAUGGCAAUCAGAAGCAUCCUGACGCAAUGAACUCCUUCCGUCUAGUAAAGGUUGAGAAGAAGCAUGUGGCCGUGCAGUUGAAACACGAAUCUCCUUGCAAGCUUUGCGGAGACCAGUCAGCCCCAACCUCAGAUCCUGCGCUGCUUGAAACCGAUGAUGAAGAUAUUUGGGAGGUGGUACGUCCAUCUCUGCCAAAUGUCAGAGCGAAAAAUCCGUACGAUCUCCUCAGCACUGUCGAAGAGGGCAGCGACAAGGAGGAUUCUUCCAGUGAAGAAGGCAGCGGAGAAAACUAACCUACAGUACCCCUGUUCUCAACAAUUUCAACCGUCACCAACAGACAAAUCCGUGUCCACCAAGUUUGCAUCGUCUCUCUCUAGUUUCAUUUUGCUUCAUACCAGUUUGCUUCAUUGCUUUUGCAUGCCAUAGGCCGCGACAAGGGAACAUACAUCCAUCUCCGCUCUUUCACUAAUCGACAUGAGCAAGCGCUCAGGAACAAACAAAUAAGCCGCAUUUCACACCUUCACACUGUACCAUCAUGUUAGAAUUAUUGUUUCAUUUACUUCCUUCUUUCAACGCUUUUGCCCAUGCCUCUACAUCUCAGAAACUGCGCAUUCCACCAGCCACCAAACCAGCAUCAGAGCCAUCGCCAUUCUCUCUACACCAUCGCCCUUCAAUGGUCCACAGACUCAGCAAUUCGCCAGCUGACAGCUUCACAGGGCUACUAACAAGGUUUCCUUUUCUCUGGGCUACAAUAAAGAGGAGGGUUGUGCUGGUGAGGCCAUUUGAGGCAGUAUCAUUUUGAUUGAGAACGCUAGUACCACUUCAUUACAAGA